AUGAAAAUAAUAAGUCUUUUAUAUUGCAUAGUAUUUGCUUUAGGAAUAGUUGCUAAAACUCACACUUUCCAUUUCAAUGCCAGUUAUAUUACUGCCAAUCCAGAUGGGGUUCAUGAACGUAGAGUAAUAGCGAUCAAUAAUGAAUGGCCAAUACCUACUAUUAGAAUCAAGAAAAAUGAUCGAGUUGAAAUAUAUUUUACUAAUUUAUUAGAAAAUAGAAACACUUCGUUGCAUUUCCAUGGUUUGUUCCAACAAGAAUCUAAUUCAAUGGACGGUGCUGAAAUGGUGACCCAAUGUCCUAUUGCACCAGGAUCCACAUUCUUGUAUAAUUUCACUGUCACCGAACAGGCUGGUACUUAUUGGUACCACUCACAUUCUGGUGCCCAAUAUAGUGAUGGGCUUAGAGGUAUGUUUAUAGUUGAAGAUGAUAAAGAGCCACCAUUUCAAUAUGAUGAGGAAACCACAUUGACUGUUAGCGAUUGGUACCAUAUGGAAUAUCCUGAUGUCAUGAGCAACUUUUUGAGUAGAUAUAAUCCAACAGGAGCUGAACCAAUACCGCAAAAUUCGCUCUUCAAUGAUACGAAGAAUUCUACAUGGCAUGUCAAGCCAGAUACAACUUACCUAGUUCGGAUUGUAAAUAUGGGUAUGUUUACGUCCCAAUAUUUGUACAUUGAAGACCAUACGUUUACUAUUGUCGAAAUUGAUGGUAACUUGAUAGAACCAGUAGAGACUGAUUCUUUGUAUAUAGCUGUUGCGCAGAGAAUUUCCGUCUUAGUGCACACCAAAAAAUCUAAAGCUACAAAUUAUAGAUUUGUUAAUAUAAUGGAUGAGGAAAUGUUAGAUUUCUUGCCAGAUGAAUUGCUAGUUAUUUCCACGAAUUGGGUUGCAUACAAUGAUAAAGAUUUACCUCAAUCCUUAAAAAAUGGUCCCAAUGAAUUCGAAAAGCUUACUGAAAAGCUUAACCCAGUUGAUGACUUCGGUUUAAAGCCAUUAUCAAGAGAAGCUCUCCUUCCUGAUUCUGAUUAUCAAAUUCAACUUAAUUUCACGAUGGAUAAUUUAGGUAACGGGGUCAACUAUGCCUUUUUCAAUAAUAUAAGUUAUGUUCUACCAAAAGUUCCUACAUUAAUGACUGUCUUAUCGAGUGGUGAACAUGCUGGAGAUACAGAAAUUUAUGGGUCAAAUACUAAUACAUUUGUCUUGCAGCAUAAUGAAGUAGUAGAAAUAGUUCUUAAUAAUAUGGAUGACGGGAAGCACCCCUUCCAUUUGCAUGGGCAUAUUUUCCAAGUGAUUUCGAGAUCCGAAGCCGGGGAAGAUGCUGAAGAUCCAAUUGUUUAUGACCCAGAAAAUCCAGAUCAUACCAACUUUCCAGAUUUCCCCAUGAUUCGUGAUACAGUUAUGGUAAAUCCAAAUGGUUUUAUCGUUUUAAGAUUCAAGGCAAAUAAUCCAGGUGUUUGGUUUUUCCAUUGCCAUGUAGACUGGCAUUUAGAACAAGGACUUGCGAUCACCCUUGUUGAAGCUCCAUUCGAAAUACAAAAAUCACAAAGCUUAUCUUCUAACCAUUUGGAUGCUUGUACCUCAGCUAACGUGUCCAGCAAAGGUAAUGCAGCUGGUAGAUAUGGUGACUCAAGUGAUAUAUGGCAUGACUUAAGUGGAGAAAAUUCGCAGCCUGAGCCAUUACCUGCUGGUUUUACUAUGAAGGGUUAUAUUGCAUUCUUCAUUUGUUCAUUCUGUGCCGUAUUUGGAAUAUAUUCUAUAUACAAGUAUGGUAUGGAAGAUAUCAAAAAUGAUAGUAACGAGGCAGUUGUUCAAAAGCUUUACCGAAUUUUAGACUCACACGGCGCUUUAGAUGAAAGCGAACAAUCGGCUUUAUUUAGUGUAAAUAGUAGGGAAUAA